AUGAUACACACGGGCGAGCUCAAAGGAAGGUUUCAUUGGUGUUGCAUGCUGACUACUACCGCGUCUAGGACGUCUGCAUCAUUGAUGGAUUCCAAUCUUCCGAGGCUGUUUGCUACAUCUGCGGUGCGAGCGAUUUUACGCCCCAAUGGCACCCAUCUCUGCCCCAUCAGAAAUCUGAUCGAUGUCAGGACUCUUCGAGGAUGCUAUAAAGCUUUCGUGGAUUAAGUAAAGUGGCUGUGCGUCCUACGCUGUACCUCUUAACAUAGAGCCGCCUCGACGUCAUCCUCAUCGACACCAGCUGGCAUCCUCGUGGUGCCUGGGACACUUUGUCGUGGGGCUUCGCUGUGGCCCACUGCCGUAUGUGGUGCAGUUGUCUUGUGUUCUCCCGGCGCAAAACAGCCUAACACAAGUGCCAGCAGCUGUCGUAUCCGUCACCCAACCAGUAGAGAGCCGACAUGACCAGGCUAGUGGGUUUUGACGAGUCUCCAGACUCACUCUCCGUGGUGUCUCAGACGUCGCUUGGCGGAGCGACUCUGCCCCUUCGCCCCCGACGCUGCCGCCCUCUUCCUGUUCCCACCCGUCCCCCAGACUCAGUUCCUUCACCAUCUCGUCCUGGUGACACCAGCUCAAGACGACGUUCUUUACCAGUUGCUGUACAUGCCGAAGCCCAAAUGAGGAACAGGUCUUCGUCUGUCGCCACACAGACUCAGGCCCCUGCCGGGCCUUCACGCUCUCGCUCUAGCACAACUUCAAGCCCACGUCCGCUGCCGAUGGUUCCCUCGUCCGAACCCUCCCCACCCGCUCUACUACCUUCUUCCACCACACAACAUGCACCAAUUAGACCUAUAUCGCUCCCUGUGACGCGAUCAGAUUUUCAAUACUAUGUUCCACUGUCCAGCAAGGCCGAGAACCCAGAGCCACAUGUUGACCGGAAUGUCACUCCUGCCAGACAUAGUGUCUUUUACUUCAAGGAUGAACUGUCCAUCUUCCAGGUAGAAAACACGUUGUAUAAAGUACAUCGCUACUUCCUACAGAAAGGAUCCCCCAUGUUCCGCACGAUGUUCUCAUACGCGCGCAGGAUGGGAAACCGUGUCGGCGAGGGAACAAAGGACUCGAAACCCAUCAUUCUUGACGGAACCACACGGAAGGAGUUCGAGUGUUUAUUGAGCUAUCUAUAUGAUGGUGUCCAGGAUGACUUCCAAAUGCCUCCGGAAUCUUGGCUCUCCCUUUUAGCCAUCUCCUCUCGGUUCAAAUUCUCAAGCAUCGAAACCCGCGCCCUUUCCGAGCUCUUCUCUCUAUCGCCACCCCUUCCUCCAGUUCUCCGGAUCUCCUUGGCUAACAAACACGCAGAGUCACUCCCUACAGAACAGCGCGAAAAAUACAUCCACAAGGCAGUGAAAGAGCUCGUUCUGCACCCGCAGACCCUCAAACCCGACGAGAUCGAUAAAAUCGGCAGCGAGGUCACGGCCGUCGUGGCUAGAGCGCGAGAAGAUUUCGUAUGGGAGGUAUGUCGCACGAUGACCGGCGAUGUUACAAUUUGGGAAGGGAGCGUCAGGCUUCCGACCGAGCUUAGGAAUGGAAUGGGGGGAAAUGAGGCGCGCGACUGGAGGAAGGCUGUGGACGGGAUUGUCGAGCGUGUCUUUUCGGACCUGCGUGCUGAGAGCGCUCAGUGAGAUGCCGGAGGUUCCACCAUUCCGUGCAACACCACGAUGAUAUCCGAGUGGCCGUUGACACUGAUCAGUAUUUUUAUUCUCCUCACAUUCUCCUUAUGGUCUUUGCAUUGUAGAACUGGUUUUGAUCUCAUAUGUACCAGUGUAUGUCUGUACAAUUAU